AUGGAAGAGGAAAGUGAGAUGAAAGAAUCAAAGUUUAAGAGGAUUUGUGUUUUUUGUGGUAGUAGUUCUGGGAAUAAGAGUAGCUAUAAAGAUGCUGCUAUUGAGCUUGGAAAAGAGUUGGUGUCAAGAAAUAUUGAUUUGGUAUAUGGAGGAGGCAACAUUGGUUUAAUGGGAUUGAUAUCUCAAUCUGUUUAUGAUGGAGGUCGACAUGUUAUUGGGGUAAUUCCAAGGGCAUUAAUGUCAAGAGAGAUAAGUGGAGAGACCGUAGGGGAAGUGAAGGCAGUGGCAGAUAUGCAUGAAAGAAAAGCUGAGAUGGCUAAACAUUCUGAUGCAUUUAUUGCCUUACCCGGUGGCUAUGGGACACUUGAAGAGCUUCUUGAAGUCAUAACUUGGGCUCAACUUGGCAUCCAUGAUAAACCAGUUGGGUUGUUGAAUGUAGAUGGAUUCUACAAUUCUUUGUUAUCUUUCAUUGACAAAGCUGUGGAGGAAGGUUUCAUUUGCCCUCUAGCUCGACAUAUAAUUGUAUCUGCCCCAUCAACAAAAGAACUUGUUAAAAAGAUGGAGGAAUAUUCGCCGCAGCACGUAAGAGUUGCAUCUAAGUUAAGCUGGGAAAAUGGACAGUUGGAUUAA